AUGUCAGUGGGAACUUCGAGAUCUUGUUUUUUGAUUGAUUCAUUGUUGGAUCAGAAGAAACCGCUGAAACGAGAAGAAGAGGAGCCUGAAUUUGGUGGAGGAGAAGAAGAAGAGGAUGAUGAUGAGGAAGAUGAAUGUUCGUCAUCUGAAAUUGCCAGGUUUGUGGAGUUUUUUUUUGAGUCAUGACGCUUCUUCACUCUAGAUUUUUGAUAAAAUAUUUUGUAGUUUUCGACAUGCUGAUCAUGAUUUUGUUAACUGAAAUUCCUAACAUGAGUAAAGUUAUGACGUUUUUUAAGAGAUUUUAAGAGCUGAGAACUAGCUUCAAAAAUAAUUUUCACUAAAAUCUUGUUGUUCAGAAGUGAAAUUUAUAUUUUCAAUUUCUAAUCAACUCGAGAAUUUUCCAGCAAAUGUUUUUUCCUGUUACUAUUGAUAUAGCACAACUUUUCCAAAGAAAAACAGCUCCAAUUUUAAAAACUUAAGGAUAGAUUCAUCAGGAAUCUGAAAUUUUUCUGAAAAACAUUAACAAUUUCUAAUGUAAGAAAAUUUUAUGUUUCGAUAAAUGUUAUUUGAACUGGAAAUCUGAAAACAAUGUUCACCUGCUCCACUACCAAUGUUUCAAAUAUGAUAUUUCAUUUUUCCACUCUCAAGCAUUUUUUCAGCUGCUUUUGUCUAAAAUUGUGUGAUUUUCAAUUUAUUGGGAACAUUUUCUCAAGAUUAACUGAAAAUUGCUUGUCUUUUCCCAGAAAUUUUAAAUUGUCUAAAAUUGUGGAAUAAUUGUUUUUCUCAGAAAUCGGUUCACAAUUUGAAAGACCAUGAAAUUUUCCAAAAUUAAUGUUAGUCUCACAAGUAAUUUAAAAAAAAAUGUUUAACCCACAAAACCACCUAAACAAUUCUGUAAACAAGACUUCAGCAUUUCUACCAUAUGAAUUUGUGUUUUUGUGGCAUCCUCACAAAAAAAAUAAAAAGAAAUUGUUUUUGAACACCACCACCAUUCAUUCAUCCAUCCUAAAGCUAAAAAGAAGAAAAAACCUUUCUUUUGUGGUACAUGUUAUUCCCGACACCCAGGCGCGUUUAAUAUUUCAUUAACCGCUUCGAGCAAAACAACUGUCUUCGUUUUUCUUUCUUUAUUCUGGUUUUUUUUUCCAGUGAAAACGAUAUGGAUACUGGUGGUUCGGAAAAAUCAUGUGAACCUUCAACACUUCAGAAAAUUAUCACCUCUUCUUUAGACAACAAAUAUUCACCAAUUAUCAAGAAAAAUAAUCAAUUAUUGGUGGGUUUUUCUACAUAUAUUUUUGAUAAAAAUCCUUAAAUUAGCAUUUUUUUCAGAAACCUGAAUGUUUUUUACAAUUCGAGUUAAGCAAUCAUCUCCGUCUAGUUCAACAAACAAUCCAAAUGAAUGUGUUGCAAAAUCUAGGACACACACUUUCUCUGCCAUUUGUUCAACCACUAAUCAAAGGUAUAUACAUACAUACAUAGAUUAGGAAAAAAAAAUGAGGAAUAUGAAUUUCAGGCCUUCCGAACACUCCAAAACGAGCAACUCCUACAAAACGCAACUAUUCAGAUCCCUCGCAGCAGCGACAAAAUCAGAAAAAGUAUCGAUGCGAUGUUUGUGACAAAACCUUCAGUAGGAGUAAUACGUUGAUCACACAUAAGGUAAUUUUAGAUCUUGAACUUCAGAAAAAUUUAUUUUCUAGAUGUUCAGUAAUUUUUGGAAUUUAUUUUUGUACUGUGAUAUUUUCAGACUUUUCAGAUUUCAAUAAUUUUUAAAUCUUUGAAGUUCUUUGAUUCAUAUAUCUGUAAAGAAUUUCCCCACAACCCAUAAAUUCCAGCGAAUCCACACUGGCGAAAAACCAUUCAAAUGCGAACAUUGUGGUCGAGCAUUCCGCCAACCUGGAAAUCUCACUCGGCAUCGUCUAACUCACACCACUGUCAAGCCAUAUGUCUGUGGUCUUUGUGACAAAGCCUUCAACCGCGCUUCCAAUCUUCAUACUCAUAUGAGAACUCACACAAAUCCAUGA